UGGAUUAUAUGUACAGCUUUAGUGUCACAAAAAUUAUACCUAUGUUAUAAAAGAUUACAAAUAAACUUCGAUGAUAAAAUGUUCUCAAUGUUGUUGUAAAUAUAAUACAUUGUGAGAAAUAAAAGAAAAUAGUACAUACCUAUUACUUACUUACCGUCACCAUUGAAACAAAUUAUCAUGUACGCUAUGUUACGAAAACGAUAAUGUAAAUCUGACAUGUUAGUUAAAAUUUAGCGUUAUUAUAGAAAAACAAAAUAUAGACCUGUUUUAAAAAUAACUCUAAUUAUCCUAGAGUCCCAAUAGUGAAAUAUCGUUUGAUAAUACGGAAAAGAAACUUGUAUGUGGAGACUUGUGCUGGUUCAUGUGUUCUCAAACCUUGGUAAUCUCCACAUAAAUUGGUGAAGCUUAUCACUAAAGUUUGUUAUCAAAUGUGCUUUAACCAAUAAAAUAUCUAAUAUAGAUAAAGGCAAAAACAGAAAAAAUAAUUUAUCAUGAAAGCUGAGUUACUCAUCAAUUAACUUGGAGCUAAGAACACAGUAACAAGUGCUGACAAAGACUGAAUUAGUUUUAGAAGAGUGCGAGAAAUCAAGACUGACAGAUAUGAUGAUGACAUAAUGUCUAAAGUACUGAGCGCCCUCGGUGGCGCUUUACCCGACGAGAGGCCGGUUCUAUCUCUUCAGAUCGUGGAGACAGUUGCCAAGUGCCCCGCCGGGUACUGGCCGGUCAGUCGGACUUACGACGAAGACUCCGACGCUGGACUACAGAGACAGAAUGGACUGUUCGGGAAAAAGUCGAGUCACUACAUCUGCCUCUCCAAGUCUGAGGGCGUACCGGGGUACGUGAUGGACGGGAUGGCCGUGAUCGGCGACGGAGAGCUGAUCCCGGCCGGGUACAGCGUGGCGGGUCGAGCCGGGAAGCGCCGUCUGUGCACGCGCGUGUCGCGUCACACCGCCUCCGCCACCUCACUCGUCACUGACGUCAUCGUCUGCUCGAAGAUGAGGACCGCACCGCAGGGCUUCAUUCUGGCCGGUGCGAUAAGCGGUAAAAUGGUGUGUUACAAAGUGAGCGGGGGCAGCGCGGACACGUCGCCGACGCAUGCGCACAACGAGUACGAGAACGUCGUCACCAACCUCACGCCCGAAGCCAACAGGAGAUUGCGAGCAGUACCCGAACGACCUCCUAAGCUUCCCACUCUCAUCACGGAUCUGAACAACUUGAACAUAACCCAGUCGCCCGCUUCGUAUCCCAAAAUCAACGGUCUCGUGACGGACCACGACUACGAGGCCUUGAAUCCUUCGUAUAAUAUCAAGCCGAGUAGGCCCGCGCCCCGGCCUCCGUCCUCGAAGUCCCCGGUACCCGAAGCGAAGUCCCCUCAGCCGGUCGCGAGGAAGAAAGGCCCCGCCCCCCUACCCGGGCCGAGGAACACGAUAUACCAGACCCUGGGAGGAUAUAACGGCAUGGAAGGAGUGCCGUUUGUGUUGAACUCCAAGCUGCGAGGGCUGCCUAGUGAUUCGCUGACUCAAUUCCCGGUAAUAAAGAAACGAACGCGCUUCGAGCUCGACCGUGACUAUUCGUACAACUUCGCAAUCGAACGACAGACGUGAGACGAAACCGUCUCGACUCUAUCUACGUAGACGUAAGGACGCUUCAAAUUCAAGUGAGAAAAAUAUUGUGCCAUCUGCGAGUUCUAAGGACGUCAGUUUCACAUAAUAAUAAUAAUAUGAAAUAAUUAUAUACUCCACGGGCCCGCGGCCACAUACAACUUUUCGCUUGAAACUUUAUCCAGGAAAAUUAAAAAUUUUCACUAUCACACAAACAGUAAGAAAUUCAAAUCGAUGUACAUAUUAACAAAAAAGUAAUAUUUUCUUCGGCUUUUACUAGUCGAAAAAAUUAUUAUAAACAAACAUAAUUAAAAACGUACAAUAUAUUUUUUAAAUAUUCGUAAGGAGGUAAGGAGCACCAUCUUUACGGGACUAGUUGAAAAAGUUGGACACUUUAGCAAGUUAUUGUUGGAAGAGUCACCGAAAUAGCGCUGGUGUAGGAAGUGGAAGUGAUAUGAAUAUAGCAGUUUUAAACAGAGCCAAGUGUGGUAUGUAGUUUAUGGCGUUGUUUUUAAAAUCUUUUCGCUUGCUACUGUGGCGCCACCUUAAUUGGCCCACUUUCAGCGGACACUUUUUAAUGCACUGAGCUGGUGCUUACCUCUACCCUCCAUACAAGAAACAAAACGGAAGACGCCCACGUAAAAGUAAUUCGAACAUACACCCUAGAGUUUGUCUUUGAUCUAAGUAGCAGAAAAAAAAAACUCCUGAAUGUAUUUAUACUAUUUUUGAAUUCAUAAUAAUAUCAAAGUGUCACAUUAUACCGAUAAACACUAAUUUUACUGUAAAAUUUAUAAUUUAAAAACUGAGACUUGAACUCAUGUCUUGAAUGUAGGCGGUGGCAUUCACGUUUUUGAUGUCUACGGGCUCCGGUGACCACUUAACAGCAGAGGGACCGCGAGUUCGUCUAUCAAUCUGUAGAACAUUCAGUUACCACCAGGAUAUGUUUUAGAGUAGACGUAUCAGGACUCGAUGGCUGAAACUACGAAACAACUAGAUAGAGAACACUGUCGAAGUUUAGAGCGUAGCAGAUAAAUAAAAAUAAUGAAUUGUCUAGGUGAUUAAGAAAGACUGUUUGGAAACGACAAUUGUGUGAUCAAUGUGUAAUAUCAUUAAUAUAAAAAUAAUUGACAUGGCAAAAUGAAUUAAAUUAUUCUUUAGUGUUGCCAGAAAAAAACAAUUUUUUUUUUCUAGUAAGAAUAUAACAAAAAUUUUAAAUUUAUUUAUCAAUAAAUUCAUAUUUCUUGUAUCGAUUCUACGGUUCUCAAUACGAAAUAUUUAUUGUAUGAUCAUAGAUAAUUUUGAAUAAAAACCCUUUGCCUUGGCCGUUUCGAUCAGUACUCGUUACAUUACUUUGUAACAAUAAUAAAAAAAAACUAUUUAUCGUAAUGUCGUAAUAUGUUAAAUUAUUUUUCUUUACAAACAGUAAUUAAUUCUCCUAAUGUCAAACAACACAAGAAUUAUGAGGUUAAUUAGACAAAAAUAUGUUUUGAAUUAGAGAGCACGUUUUUACUGUAUUUAUGUAUGUACCGAUACAAAAUAGAAACGAAAAGAAAUCGAUAUAAAAUACAAACAUAUCUCUUUGUAUUAUAUACGAAAGUUUCAAACGCUUUACCAUGGCUGUUCUUGAAGAAUUACUAAACGCUGUUAAUUAUUAUAAUCAAAAUAGGACAGCUCGGGGAUAUCCACAAUUCAAACAUUACAACGCAUUUUCCUCAGAAAUAAAAAACCAACGCAUCAAUAAUUGUUUUAAAAAUAUCUCUGUCCUUCUGAUUUUAACCGACAUAAUUAAUUAAUUAAUAUUUUUUUGAUUAUUGUGAUUUUUUUUAACUGUUUCUAUUUAGAUUAAAUUUUCAAUUAUAGAUAUAUUAUUACGUAAAAAAAGCGAUCAAUAAAUAAUUCUUAUUGUAUGUCAAAUUCGUGCAAUAUAAGAAGACCUCAAUGCUGUAUUGGUAUUUGAGUCCUAUAACGUUUCAUUUAGAUUUCAUUUUCGAAAUUUAUCUAAUAUAUUACAUUUUAAAAUUGUAACUAGACUUCUUAAAAGUUCAAUUUAUGUAGUUUAAUUUAUGAAAAUAAUUUUUAGUUUUCGCUGUGACACGUUUACAUUUAUUUUGUACAAAAAUAUAUUUAGUGGAGUCAUUUUUUUUGUGGGAGAUGAUGUGCCCUGUACGCCAUGCAAGAUAUCCCAGUUAAUAAAGGAGUCUUGGGUCGUCCUGGCUAGAAGAUAUUUAAUUGGAUUUACGAGAAUACAGAAUUUUCACAAAACAAAACCGCACCUAAUUAGAUAAUUUAUAUUUGAAUAGUGAUUUUUAGUGUUUCAUGUACUGUAAAAGCUCCUUAAUCGCGGGGUGUAUGUUCCGAAUAUAGAAAUCGUGAAUAUGUUAUGAUUAUUUACAUAGUAUAUGUGAUUAUAAGGGAUAGCUGACAAAAUAAAAACAUACUUUAGAUCUAGUUGUAAUAAGGUCUAUUUUACUUUUUUAUUAGUUCAUUUGACGAUGCGUUUACGAAGAUUCUUCGGUUGAAUACGUACAUAUUGGUAUCCUUUUUAUCAAUGUGUAUGUAUCGAUUCGAUCUGCGAAUAGAGAAAUCUCUAGCCGCGAAUAUAGGUCUAAAUUUUUUUGAAUCCGUAUUUUAAAAACGCGAAUAAAGGAAGUGCGAAUAUGGAGUUUUUACUGUAUUAAAAACAUUUUGUGCCAAUUACAUUCGAAGCUGUAACGUUAUAGUCGAUUAGUGAACUUUUUCCUAGUCAAAAUAAAACUCUAGUGUAUUAGUGAAACUUGAAACAUUGUUCCCUAAAUAAAAAUAACUAGGCCCAGUAAUCCUUAACAUGUAAUAGCAAUUACAUUUAAUGAGAACGGAAUUAAUUUAAUCUCGUUUCUAAAAUUUAGUAAUAGUUUACAGUGAAAAAUAGAUUUUGCUCAAAAUUUGGUCACGAUUUUUUUAUAUUCAACAUUGACUUCUUCUGAACGUCUCUGCGUUGUGUGUAGGCCCGCAGCGAAGGAACUAAAAUAUUGUAAUAAAAUAUUAGAUUUUAAUAGAAAUUCAAUGUAUUCGUAUACUUAAUAGAUAGAUUUUUAUAAAAAUCAUAAAUUAUGAGUGUAACAUUUCUGUUUUUACUUUAUUAAGUGACAUUUAUACACGUAUGAUGGCUAUUAAAUAUAGAAAUGCUAUUUAAAAAUUAUAUUUUAAAGAAUACAUGUCAUCAUGUCCCAAUUAAUUUCGGUUCCUCUAUAAAUGAGAUGUGCGUCACACGUUCAGUCAGACGCUUGUUAGCACUUUAUUUUAAUCGGGAACGUCUUGGCCGGUUUUUGGAGACUUUAUAACGAUAAUGUGCAUGUGUAAUUUAGUGAAAAAAAAAACAUAUUUUGUUGCGACAUUUUAAAUUAAAACAGCAUAGUUAUAAAUAAGAAAUGUUCAAAGUAUCCUACUCCGUAAUGCCAAGGAACACUCAUGUACACUAAUAUCCAAUAGAUAGCGAAAUGAAAUUAUAUGCCUCAAGUUUAAAUAACAGUAUGCAAUUAAUGAAAUUCAUGUGUUAAUUUCAGGGUCUGUAGACCAUUCAUAUUCUUAAUCUUCAAUAUCACUUUUUUUUUAAUAACUUAAAGUUGACAUUUGAAAAUUUAUUCCUCAUGAAAUUAUUUUACAAAAAAAAACGUUUAUUUAAAUUACUUUUUAUUAAAUUGUUGCUAUUCGUGUGAUGUAUGUAAUAUGUAAUUUAACGGGUUGACCAAUUAGAGUAGCAUAACCUGGCUGAUUUAAUUAACUUGUUUCAUAGCACACCUGGUCGCAUGUCAUUCGUCCCAACUAUGUGGUUUGAAUUGUAGGAAAUUAUAUUAUUUAUUGCGUUAGUUUUUUUUUUUUCGUCAAUAAUUUCAACAAAACGAACAAAAGGUCACAAUAGACUAAGUUUGAUUAUUCUACUAUAUAAACAACGUUAUGUGCCUCAAUUUAUCUGAGAAGCGAUAGUCCGGUGAAUCUUGAUGUUUCUGAGAUGUAGUUUUAGCAUUCUUUUAUAGAUUAUUCAUAGUUAUUUAAUUGUAUUUUUAUAGUAUAUUAUGCAUGCCGCCCAUAAAUGUUCGUUGCACUAUCGUCAAUUUUUGUACAUAUCUUGUUUCUUUAGAUUUUAUAUAGCGAUUCCAUACGAAUAAAACUACAGUAAAACUAAAAUAUCGCAUUAUCAUAGGUUGGCUUAAAAAAUAGAAUACCUUUCAUCGGUUUUGUGAGGAAGCAUGUUUUCCUAAUUCCUUUAGCGUAUUUACCAAAAUAAAAUUUAUUACAAAUGAGAUUAUGCAAGUAUUAUUAUGACUGAAGUUUUAUUAAUUUAUUUCUAAAUCCAUCUUUAUAAAAUUUGUUCAAAGACAUCUUUUAAUUUACUAUGUAAUGUUCAAAUUAAUGAAAGAGUAAUAUUUUAUUUUAAUUAAUUUCCUUUUUUAAGUAUUAUUCGCGAUCUUCUUUUUAUUUAUGUAUAAGGGAGUUCACCUUACUAAGAAACGAAAUACAAAAUUGUAUUGUGAUUUUGUAAAGCUCCUAUGAUGUACAUAGUGGUAUCCAAAUUCGAUUAGAAUUUUAGUAAGCUUUUUACACCAAACUAUAAUUGUUUCAAAUUCUAAUUGAGAAUAAAAUAAAUUAUUGACUGAUUAAA